AUGGAUGUACCAAUGCAGGCUUUUGCCCCAAACAAAGAAUUGAAAAUAGGCAAUGGUUCUAAUGGCACGUGUGUCUAUGUUGGUGUGAUGGAGGAUGGAAGUGAAGUCGCGGUAAAACGAACGUUAACACAAAGUGGAGAAGAUACAGCUGAAAAUGAAAAGAAUAUAUUAAAUCUGAUAAAGACAGAUGAAUUUCCAUUUAUAGUCAGCUAUCGAAAUUUUUUCCGUGACGACACCUUCACGUACCUUAUUGUCGAUCUGUGUGAAGAAGAUUUGAAGAAUUACAUUUGUUCUCAAAGUAUUGAUUAUCUUCAACAAGUUGGCCCAAGAAUGAUCAAUGAAAUAUUAACAGGAAUUACAUUUCUACACGAUCGACAAAUUUUGCAUAGAGAUCUGAAACCUCCAAACAUAUUGGUCGACAUCGAAGGUCGCAUGAGAUUGGCCGACUUUGGAAUAAGUCGCGUUCUGAAAGAAGAUGAAACGACACACCUCACAGACCCAAAGGGAACUCAAAACUGGAUGCCUGCAGAAGUAAUUGGAUCAAUAAACAGUAGCAAGAAAUGUCGUUUUAAAAAGAAAUCUGAUGUCCAGGUCGUGGGCAUGAUUGCGUUCUUCAUUUUAAGCCAAGGUAAACACCCAUUUGGUACUUCACCUGACUGCAUGGGUAAUAUUCUGAAAGGAAAUCCAGUAAACUUGGGGAAUCUUGACGAUCUUCAUGCCCGACAGUUUAUUUCAUGGCUUAUUCGUCAUGAUAUCAAUGAUCGACCCUAUGCUCACGAAGCGUUGGAACAUUCAUUUGUCAACAAUAACUGA